GAGAGUGAGCAGCGGAUAUUAAUGGUUCUUUUUAACGGUACGACGGCGCGGAUCUACGGUUUUACCAACGUCAAGUGUUUACGAAUGAUAACAACGAAGUGCUGAGUUAUUAAUUGUAUUGAUUUUUAAUUAGAAAGUCAUAAAUUUUUACGGAAAAAUAAAAAAGUGCAUAAAUUUGUUCUUUAGCCUGCUGUGGGUUAUGUAAAUUUUGUGGAAAAAGCAGAUCAAAACAAAAUAAACGCAUGUAAAAAACUGUGUCCCAACCGAUCGGAGAAGAUAAAGAACGUGCAAAGAUGGCUGGAUCCUUAUAGUAUUUGCUGAAAAAGGUAGUAGUUAAAGAGUAGCUUUAAGAUUCAAGCAACAAAUGUGAUAGUAAAACAAGCCUAAGUAGAUUAGCAUAAAAAUGUACAAAUUAACGACGUGGAAAUACCGGACCACUGCACCCAGCACCGCCAUAACUUUUUGCAUUUCAGUCCUAAUCUCCCUCUCAAACUGCCAAGCUAAGUCAUUUUACAAUAAUGCCGCCCUAGCGGCUCCUGAAACCACAACAACAUCAGUGCCGAGCACCACAACGUCCCCUAAUGCGCGCGAUAUCGUCAUUGGACCUUGUCGUUGGGUGAUCGGACGAACAUGCCCGGACACGGAUAUUCGUUUCUAUUUGUACACGCGACGAAAUCCAGUGGAUCGUCAGUGCUUGCAUAUCGAUGAAACGAUGGACAAGUCAAAUUUGACCAUUUCGAAUUUUAAUCCGCGUUAUCAGACGAAGAUUAUCAUACAUGGCUACAAUGCGGAUAUGUUUAUGGGCUCUUUACAGCGGCUGCGGCAUGAGUACUUAAUGCGUGAUGAGUACAAUAUUAUUUAUGUGGAUUGGGCCAUUUUGUCGCCGGGUCCAUGCUAUAUGAGCGCCGUACAUAAUACCAAACACGUUGGCGCUUGUGUGGCUCAACUUGUGGAGCGUAUUUUGGAAAUGGGCACUACCGAUAUACAUGUCAUAGGAUUCUCGUUGGGCGCACAGCUCGCGAAUUAUGUUGCGCGCAAUUUGGGCUCAUUUAUGUUGCCGAGAAUAACAGGUCUCGAUCCCGCUAUGCCGCUCUUCAUCACUGCCGGCGUCAAUGAUAAAUUGGAUCCCAGCGACGCUGUCUUCGUCGAUGUCAUACACACGAACGCCUUUGUGCAGGGCAAAAUCGAGCGCUGUGGACACGCUGAUUUCUAUAUGAAUGGCGGUGUUAUGCAGCCCGGCUGCAAUAAGCCAGGCACAAACCCUUUUGGCUGCAGUCACCAACGUGCCGUCGAAUAUUUUCAAGAAUCCAUACGCUCGCGCAAAGGUUUCUGGGGUUGGGCUUGUAGUUCGUACAUGUCCUAUUUAUUCGGCAUGUGUCCGCCGACAAAUUAUCUACUCGAAGCGGGUGAGGACAUCAAAACCAGCACGAGGGGCAUGUUUCUAGCGGAGACAAAUGAUACAGCGCCCUAUGCUUUGGGCAAAUGGACCGAUUUACCCACAUUGGGUAAACAAAAGCCCGUUACGACAGGCUCACCAAUCACAAUAACUUUACCACCACCAACCGGUUUCCAGGAUCCCUUACUGCGACACAUUGAUCAAUGGAAUAAAUUGGAUACGAAUUUCAAUCAUAUCGAACAUCAACCGACGCCAUACGCACAAGAUCCCCUCGGCGAGAAUUGGACGUAUUUUAGUGGCGUCGGGACUAGUGACAUAACCGGUGAUAUAAAUGAUAACAACCCUGCUGGCGAGAUUAACAAUUCCGUGGAGGAACAAAGUGCAGAGGAUGAAGAAAAGGUGCUCGAGGCGCCUCUAUAUUGGCAGGAGUAUCGUCGAAAUUUGACCAAGGGCCAUAUAGAAACAAGUAUUUUUAAAGUACCUCAUAUUGAAGGGGAAGAGGAGAGUGUGAAGAAGUCGAGUAGACAGCCACGGCUAAAUGAAAUAAAUUGACAAAGAAAGCUAAAAGUCUUGUUUCUCUGUGAGG